AUGGCGGUGACCACCGAGCCAAGAACGGGAGCAAUGUCGGAAUCUGAUGAGAAAAAGCAGCGCAGCGUACCAUUUUAUGAGCUCUUCUCCUUCGCCGACAAGUACGAUUGGUUUCUCAUGAUAUUGGGGACCGUUGGGGCCAUUGUUAACGGCUCUUCGAUGCCAGUGUUCUUCGUCUUGUUAGGCGACAUGCUUAACGGGUUUGGCAAAAACCAAUAUGAUUUGAGCACCAUGAUUUAUGAAGUAUCAAAGUAUUCCCUGUAUUUCGUCUAUCUCGGGCUGAUUGUAUGUAUAUCCUCAUAUGCAGAGAUUGCAUGUUGGAUUUAUACUGGGGAGAGGCAAGUGGGUACUUUGAGAAAGAAGUAUUUGGAGGCUGUGUUGAAGCAGGACGUUGGAUUCUUCGAUACAGAUGCUAGAACGGGUGAUAUUGUUUUCAGCGUCUCAACGGAUACUCUUCUUGUUCAAGAUGCCAUUAGUGAGAAGGUGGGAAAUUUCAUCCAUUAUAUCUCCACUUUUGUGGCCGGACUAGUGGUUGGUUUUGCAUUAGUAUGGAGGUUAGCUUUACUCAGUGUGGCAGUGAUUCCAGGAAUUGCCUUAGCUGGGGGCUUGUUUGCAUAUAUUCUAACAGGUCUCACGUCCAAGAGCCAUGAAUCGUACGCAGAUGCAGGUAUCAUCGCUGAGCAGGCCAUUGCUCAAGUUAGGACUGUUUACUCAUAUGUUGGCGAGAACAAGGCCCUCAAUUCCUAUUCAGAUGCAAUACAACACACAUUGAGGCUUGGAUAUAAGGCCGGGAUGGCUAAAGGACUAGGGCUGGGAUGCACUUAUGGAAUACUGUGGAUGUCAUGGGCCUUAGUCUUUUGGUACGCUGGUGUUGCUGUCCGAAAUGGGCUGACAGAUGGAGGGAAGGCGUUCACUGCUAUCUUAUCUUCCGUUGUUGGGGGCGUGAGCUUAGGUCAGUCAUUUUCAAAGCUUGGGGCAUUUAGCAAAGGCAAAGUUGCUGGGUACAGGUUAAUGGAGAUAAUCAAGCAGAGACCAACCAUAAUUCAAGAUCCUUCCGUCGGGAAGUGCAUAGCUGAGUUCAGUGGGAACAUAGAAUUCAAAAAUGUAACGUUCCGCUACCCAUCGCGACCAGAUGUUAUCAUAUUGAGGGACUUUUCAAUUUCCUUUCCUGCUGGAAAGACGAUUGCUGUUGUUGGUGGAAGUGGAUCGGGAAAAAGUACCAUUGUCUCCUUGAUAGAAAGGUUCUACGAUCCUAAUGACGGGCAAAUUUUACUUGACAAUGUGGAUAUAAAGACACUACAACUAAGAUGGUUGCGUGAUCAAAUUGGACUGGUGAAUCAAGAACCUGCUUUGUUCGCUACUUCCAUAAUUGAGAACAUUCUCUAUGCAAAUCCUGAUGCAACAAUGAUUGAAGUAGAAGCGGCUGCUUCUGCUGCAAAUGCACAUAAGUUCAUUACCUUGCUUCCUAAUGGAUAUAACACCCAGGUGGGAGAAAGAGGAGUCCAACUCUCUGGUGGCCAAAAACAGAGAAUCGCAAUAGCAAGAGCUAUGUUGAAAAAUCCAAAGAUCCUUCUCCUUGACGAAGCAACAAGUGCCCUCGAUGCAGGUUCCGAGAGCAUUGUUCAAGAUGCUUUAGACCACCUCAUGGUUGGGAGGACAAGUGUGGUUGUCGCCCAUCGCUUUUCUACCAUUAGAAACGUUGAUUCAAUUGCCUUUAUACAGCAAGGCCAAGUUGUUGAGACAGGAACCCACGAAGAACUAAUUUCAAGAGGUGGGGCCUUCGCUUCAUUAUGUCGAUUCCAAGAAACGACCGGAAACCGCUACUUCUCCAAUCCUUCAACCAAACAUACGUGCUCACCACGACUAGGGCAUUCACAAUCCCAAAAAUCUGCUAACCUUCAUUCCAGCAGUUUGAGGAAUUUAAGCGAUUCAUACAACACUGGUGUUGAUUGCCAGACAGAGAUGGUCUCAAAUGUCAAAACAAAAAGGGAAAAUCCAGCCCCAGAAGGGUACUUCUUCCGGCUUCUCAAGCUAAAUGCUCCGGAAUGGCCUUGUGCCAUAAUGGGUGCAGUUGGAUCAAUUCUCUGUGGUUUUAUCUGUCCGACAAUUUCCAUUGCGAUGAGCAAUAUGUUUGAGGUAUUCUACUACAGAAAUCAUGCAAUCAUGGAGAGGAAGACAAAGGAGUAUGUUAAAAUUUUCCUUGGCACAGGUCUUUACGCAGUGGUGGCUUAUUUCAUACAACAUUAUUUCUUCAGUAUUAUGGGAGAGAAUCUCGCUACAAAAGUGAGAAGGAUGAUGCUUGCAGCGAUACUGAGGAAUGAAGUCGGGUGGUACGAUGAGGAGGAAAACAACUCGAGUCUUGUGGCAGCUCGCCUAGCCACGGAUGCUACUGAUGUGAAAUCUGCCAUUUGUGAGAGAAUCUCAGUUAUACUGCAAAAUAUGACAUCCCUUCUCACUUCAUUCAUAGUUGCUUUCAUGGUAGAAUGGAGGAUUUCCCUUCUCACAUUAGCCACCUUCCCUCUUCUUGUCUUAGCCUUUUUUGGCCAGCAACUCUUUCUCAAAGGCUUUGCCGGAGACACAGCCAAGGCCCAUGCAAAGACAAGCAUGAUAGCAGGGGAAGGAGUGAGCAAUAUCCGAACCGUUGCUGCCUUCAAUGCCCAAGACAAGAUUCUCUCCCUCUUCUGCCACGAGCUCCGUGUACCCCAGCUCCGAAGCCUCAGCCGUAGCCAAACAGCCGGUGUCCUCUUCGGCCUCUCUCAGCUCACUCUCUACUCCGCUCAAGCCCUAUUCUUUUGGUACGGAGUCCAUCUCAUCGAAAAAGGCGUCUCAACCGUCUCAAAAGUUGUCAAGGUUGUUGUCAUCCUAGUCAUGGCAGCCAAUUCGGUAGCCGAAACCCUUGGUCUCGCCCCUGAGAUAAUCGGGAGCAGUCAAACCAUCGGAUCCAUAUUUUCCAUCAUUGACCGUUCAACCAAGAUUGACGCGGAUGAUCCGGAUGCCGAAACUGUUAACUCAGUCCAUGGUGAAAUCGAGCUUUGCCACGUGGACUUUUCGUACCCGUCGCGCCCGGACAUUCUCGUUUUCAAGGACUUCAAUCUUAGGAUCCAAGCGGGCCAGAGCCAAGCCCUUGUUGGAGAAAGUGGUUCCGGAAAGAGUUCCAUAAUUGCAUUAAUAGAACGAUUCUAUGACCCUUCGGCGGGUACAGUUAUGAUAGAUGGAAAAGACAUCAAGCGGUUGAACUUAAAGUCACUCAGGCUUAAAAUAGGAUUGGUUUCUCAAGAACCAGCCCUCUUCGCGGCAACCAUUUUCGACAACAUUGCCUAUGGGAAAGACGGAGCAACUGAAGCAGACGUCAUUGAAGCUGCGCGAGUGGCAAAUGUGCAUGCCUUCGUUAGCGGAUUACCUGAAGGAUACAAAACCCCGGUUGGGGAUAGAGGGGUUCAGAUCUCUGGAGGGCAAAAACAGAGAAUUGCCAUUGCACGGGCAGUUCUAAAGGACCCCGCAAUACUUUUAUUGGACGAGGCCACUAGUGCGCUCGAUGCAGAAUCCGAGAGUGUGUUACAAGAGGCGCUUGAGAGGCUCGUUAGGGGUCGGACCACCUUGCUCGUGGCCCACCGGUUGUCGACGAUUAGGAGAGUGGAUACAAUUGCAGUGAUUCAGGACGGUCAGAUUGUUGAACAAGGUAGCCAUUCGGAACUCGUAAGCCGACACGACGGGGCUUAUUUCAGACUCUUGCAGCUGCAGCUCCACCACAUUUGAUCAAGUUUUUGUUGAUCGUUCCCAAAAAAGCAAAAGUCCGCUGUUUUGGAUGGUGGUAAUUAUGUUCUUGUCUCAUUAACCUUUGUUUUUUUUCGUUUUUGUUGAUUUCCCUCUUGAAUGAUCAUGAGGUUGAUAGUUUUGUUGUAGAUUCAUUUUUUGGACGCCAACAAAGGAAUUUAUUGGUCCUUAGAAUGA